CAGUAUUGAAUGAAUGGGCUUUUUGUGCGCAUGCGUGCAGGAUCUCAAAGUUUAUAAACAAGGCGGAGUCACAUGACGAGAAUAUUGUGAAAUAGAUUGGACUGAAACUCGUUCUUAUCAUGUUUACAUAUUCGAAACGGAAUAUUUCAACGUAUUGUAUACAAUUAUACCCAUAUUCUUCCAUCAAAUAGUGAAGUGGUAAAUACACUGGAGCUUUGAGAAUGUGUCUAAACUUAGUGACUGUGGACAUCAUGGUGUGGGAGGUGGUGACCCCAGCUGUGCUGUCCAGCGACCCCAAACACCAGAACGUGCGAGAUUCAGAGCCUCAGGGUGAAAACACAGUGACGAUGGAUGCAGAUGGAGACCAAUCGCAUGACCUGCUCUGCUGUGAGGAACGCCUCCCCUCCUCACCCGGCUUCCCCACCAGCGACAGUUACGUGGAAUACGACGACCUCCCAGACCUGCAGGAGGUUCAGGAGGAGGCGGAGCCAACAGCACCACCUGUCUACCAGGUGGACGUGGGUGUGUCACACCAGGAGCGACACGCGCACACACAGCCUCCUGACACACACUGGCUGACGCAGCUGGCUCACAUCGCCACCGGACCUCAGAGCCCACUGCUACAGGAGUCUCCUCACAGCAGCACCAGCAGUAAUCUACAUUCCUACGCUCGGCCUCCUCCCACUCUACCCAGCAGCACCAUGUCGCCCCCCAGAGGUCAUGACAGGGAGCGUCGUGGGCGCAGCAGGAAGAGCAGUGAAUGUGGUUCCGCAGUGUCAACCAGAUCCUCUCUGUCUGAUGAUGAAGACAUGGGCUGGAGCUUCUGCUGGCCACCCACCGCCUGGCACUGUUUUCUCAAAGGCACUCAUCUGCGUUUCCACAGCGGUUCUAAUGUGGAGUGGCAGGACGCGGAGGACCUGGACUCUGCGGAGGAAGACUCUGGUGAUGAGGAACAAUCCAGAUCUGUGAAGAGUUAUGGCUCUGAGGGUCUGCAGCUGGUGGAGCAUUCAGAGAUUGUGUUGUCUGGUCAGGCUGUCCUACAGCUGACCUUUGACCCCGGGGCAUUCGGACAUGCCCCCAUGACCGCUCGGUGCCAACUUGAUCACCCCUUCUACGUCAAAAACAAAGGCUGGUCGUCAUUUUACCCGAGCUUGACCGUGGUGCGUCAUGGGAUACCGUGCUAUGAAAUGGAGGUGGGAGGUGUGUGCCUUCCUCCAGGACACAGAGAUGCCAAACACACCGACGACUCACUGGUCUUUGACACAUUCAGGAGUUACGAUUUCACUCCUCUGGACUCCUCUGCGGUUUACGUGUUGAGCAGUAUGGCUAAACAGCGGCGCGCCUCCAGGUCCAGCAGGGGAGCUGUUUCUCCAGACAGAGACACAUUACAAGACGCCCACAGUCCCGGUCACUCCCACUCUUCUCGUCAAAAGCCAACCAAAAGCCAGCAUGCCAGCACAGCAGGAAGUAAUAAUGCCACGCCAAAUAAGUGCAAGCGGCCAAUGAACGCCUUCAUGCUGUUUGCCAAGAAGUUCAGAGUGGAGUACACACAGAUGUACCCAGGAAAGGACAACAGAGCGAUCAGCGUCCUCCUCGGUGAGCGGUGGAAGAAAAUGCGAAGUGAGGAGCGGCGGGCGUUCACCGUACAGGCCAAAGCCCUCGCAGACGAACAGAAAAGACUUAACCCAGACUGCUGGAAACGCAAACGAACCAACUCUGGUUGUCAGGGAAAUUAGGGCUGCAGACAAGAAGAGAGAACGAUGGGCACAGCCUGUAGGAGAACACACUCACACACACACACACGCACACAUUCAGCAGUGUCAAGGAAAAGAGAGCUAUGCGUAACCUAAUAUUAUGCUUCAAUAUUAUAUUUUGUUAACAACAUACUUGCCUUGAUCACCCAAAGUGAGGAUUUGAUUCAGACUUUAAGAUUCUCACAAAUCUUGUGACAUUAAAAAGAAAAGCAGUGUCUACUUUUUGUAGACAUUUUGAGCUGCUCUCAAGAAACGUCACUUCCCUUUCUCUUGCUUUUAAAAAGGUGCUAAAUGUAACCUUUUAAAGUGGUAUAAAUCAUUAUCUAGAACAUUACAUUUUAAUGCUACAGAGCACCGUAGCGCUCCCCUUCGGAGAGGACAUAUUUCCAAACUAAAUUAAGAAGCAGAUCAACUGGGUUUUAUCUAUGACUGGAGUUCAUCUUCACCAGUGAUUUUACAGGAAUGUGACAAAAAAAAAAGAGAUUCUGAUCAUUUUCAGUUUCUCAUCAUAAGCUUGAAACAGGUGGAAGUUGUGGUGCUGUAGCAUUUUAGGUAAAGUAGAGAAUGUAGCUAUUUUCCCCAAAUUAUAUAUUAUAUAUUAUAUAUAAAGAUAUAUACAGAGUAUUUUCUUUCCUGUAUUACUUGCAUUUGCACUCAGAGUAUUGCACAAGACUACAUACCGUACCAGUUCAAUUAAAAGCCGAGCCCUAAUUAGACGCCGGCCCCAUUUACUGGCCGGGUGUGGCUACACAUUUUGACAAAUAAACGCAGGUCUCAAUUAGACGUCGGGUCUAGUUUCAAAUCUAGGCAGGUUGAGUUCAGUGAUUGAAGCAAAUUAAAGCCUAGGCUAUUAAUUGAAGUUUUACGUUAUUUUAACUUUGCUUUUGUGUCAUUUAUCAUGUAAUAUUUAGUUACUAAACAAAUGUACACCAUAAAUUCCCAAAUAGUUGCCCUGGGGUUUUAUAUACCUCAACUUGAGAGAGAACCAGGCCGUCAUCCAACACAGGCCAUUAUGUCUAACUCCAAUUUAUAUACAUUUCUUCAACCACAUUUUUUAGUAAGAGGCCUCCCUAUUUUCUAAACAUUCAAAUCAUUUCCAGCAGUUCAGGGGAUAGAAUCCCUUCACUCCUCUGGAGGGCUUUUAUUUUGAAGAAGUGUUGAGUUUCCCCGACAGUUGCUUGAGAAAGUACAAAGAAAUAUACAGUGUACUGAUGGAAUUAAUGCUGUGGUUUUAUUAAGCUGACGGCCAUUGUAGUACAGGUACUGGUAAUAGCAUUCUCCCCUGGCCUUUAUUUAGUUUAUGGCAUUUAUUUGAGAAUUUGUGGUAAUUAAUACACAUUGUCAAAAGGAUAUAAAAUCACAUGGGUAUGUUACAGAAAACUGCCAUUGUAGCACAGGCAGCAGGAUGACACGAGGGCUUGAUUUGGAUUUGUCAGCCAUUAUCUACACUGCUGAAGUGUCGUUGAGCAAGACACUGGAUCCCCAGCAGCUGUAGGGGGCAACAGAAAAGAUACUCUAAGUGCAGGAAUUCAUAUGUCAUUGCUUUUGAUUCUAACAUCUUAAUGUGCCAUAAUACAAUUUCUUGUUGUUUUUUUAUCAAAGCAUAGUUUGUGUGUGUGUAUAAUCAAAGAAACAUUACAGGUGAGGGUCGAUGAGGGUUCAUGUUACUCAAGAUAUUUCCAGAGAAAGAUGGCUUCCACUGGCUAUCACAAAUAGUGAAAUGGAGAUCAUUUUUUUCAGUGUUUGUCUUGUUCCCGGAUAAAAUCAUAUACAAGAAAAGCAAGAAAAACUAUGGUUGUUUGGCCCCACCCCCUGUAGUUUAUCUCCUCCGAUGAGUUUUGAUGGCUUUACCUUAUGUUAAAAAUAGGAAAAGGUUAUAAAAACCAUUUCUAGCUUCUGUCAGGCGGGUAGUGUGCAUACUCAGAAAAUUCUGAACAUUUUGUGAGAGAUAGGAUGAGAAGAGACAGAUUAGGGCACACAUGAUGAACGUCAUUUGGAAAUUGAUAGGGCUGUGGGGACCCAGGUGUGUGAGGCUUUAGAAACAAUCACAUGACUGGAUGAAAGUGCUUGUAUUAACCUUCACAUAGAGUUAUAUCCAUGCAGUGUGAAGGCAGGAUGGGGAUCUGCUUGGGGUUUAAGUGCUUGAGACACAUUUUUACAGAAAUAGUAAUAACUGAAAUACUCCCGGGGUGGGCAUUCAUAUUCUUUCUGCAUAACGAGGUUUUAUUAACGCACUAUAUACACUUUAUCUAAUGUGACUGCUACAAUAUAAUGUGUAAUGGAAAAUAUUAAUAUGAUUAUAUAGAAAUAUAUAUUUUUGGUUUUGACUUAAUCUUUGUUAACCUUUCAUGGUUGUGCAUUGAUUAUUUAACCUUUGUUCAUCUUUACUAUCAUGUCAUGUACAGGUCGAUCAGGGGAGACAAUGCAAUACAAUGUAUUAUAGUAUGAAUAAAAGCAUGAUAAAUAUAUAAACAAAUUUGUGCUGUGUCUUUAAAUGAGACUGGUUAAGAAAAUGAAGGGAUAAGUUUGGGUCUAGAACAUUUUAUUUUUUUCCCUCCCAGAAAAAGAAAAGUUUAAAUCAUAGACAAAUCUUAAAUCAUGUUGCUUCAACAUGUUGCUAUAUACAGACUGCACCAGUUUAUGGCUGGAGAUACAGGUAUAGACAUUAAGCUGCUACAGUAAUCAGACAGAUAAAAAGAGAUAACAUUCCAUUAAAACUAUAAACAUGAUCAAUAUUUCCAGGCUAAAAUUAUCAAAUAGAAUCCACACAGUUAUAUAUAUGUGUAAAUGACUAGAAAAUCACUUUUUUAUAGUAAAAUAGAAAAUAUAUAGAGGUACAGUAUAAACAUACAGUAAUUUGGCCUUGUGAUGUAUUCAGGGAUAUUUACACAGAAAGACAUUACAGUUAGAUCUGGUUUGAAUCAUUGUCUGGUUCUGCUGCAGUAGCCUCUAUAUGAUUUGUGCCAUUUUGCAUCCCCAGAGGAGAUAAACAAAUGGCACAGAGUGGACGCAAAACAGGCACAAACAGAAGCUGCAACAUUGUUUUAAAGUGAUUCAGAGGUUGACUGAUCGUGUCUGACGCGGUGGAAACAUUUGAACUCCCUCAAAAUGAAAACAGUCAUUGCAAGUGGCACAGGGAUGCAAAAGAGCUGCAGGGAUCCAAAGUCACAUCUCUCAGCUUAAGUAUUUCAUCAGUCUGUGCCAGUGAGGUUUAAAAGAAUAAAAAGUCUCAUCAGUAAGUUCAGCUGUUUGUCUUUCUUUCCACUGAUUUGUCUCAUUGUCUAAACACUAAAUGUUUGCAACAAUA